AUGGAACUGAGCUUAUCUCGUCAAGCUGGCUUCUCAAUGCCUCGACUCUUUCUCUACCUAACUGCUGCUAUAGUUCUGGUCGUUCUACUCAACUUUAUUGCCCCGUUCUACCUGGAAAGUAGACCAAACAGCAGCAACUCAGCAUCACCGUCACUUCGGCAAGAAUUUGUAGUCAAAGAUUCUGCAGCAAGCAACAGCGACGCGACGGAUGAGGAGCUACACAAAUAUGAUCUUAGCAAGAUUGAUGCCGAAGAGCUGACUAGUAGAGUCGAGGAACUACUUUCCAUCCGGGUGUCAGUGUUGACUGAACUUCGCGUACUCGAACGCAAUCGAUCUGUUGUGAUAAAACAAAUAAGUGAGCGCAAUAAUGAACUCGAGAAGCUUAAAACACAAAUCAUCAAACGCGCCGCCGAAUUGGAACGGCUGCAGCUACAUAUCAAACAGGCUGCAUUGGCGCAAAAAGAGGCCAAAGACCAAGUGGGCUCUUUAGUUGAGCCCCCACUAGAUAUUUUGCCUAAACAGGCUCAAAAAGCCAUCUUUACAAAUGGCGAUGGACGCAAUAAUAUUAUAGUGAACACCAAUUCAUCUUUUGAUAUUCUUCAAACUGGUGUGAAUCCAAUGAAAGCAAUGCUGCUGCAAACUCAGUUCAACGAGUAUAACUACCGCAACAAAUACGAUCUGAUCGUUCCCAGCAUGUACUCUCUUUCGACUGCUAAAGCCAGCGAGUUUUCGCCUGUCUUUUCACCUGCUCGGCGGAAAUACUUUAUCUCCUUCUUAGGACAGGUGAACGAAGAAGCAGACGACGACUCAAGCACAAAGAACUCCAACACUGAUCUCCAGGUAGUGGUCAAGGACGCUCUGCUGAAGUUGGUGGCCAAGCACAGUAGAGCAGCUUACAAUGAGUUCCUCUUUGACUUUGACUGCGACGAGAAGACAAAGCAGCUCUGUGAGAACCAGACGAUCAUACUGUUAGACUCCACCUUCACCAUCAUCAUGCCCACCGCAUCUCACUCUAGUCAAUCAUUCUUGAUAAAUCCCAUUAUUUACGACAAUCAACUCAAUUCGAAGAUAAUGAACGCUUUUGUAACUGGUGCCAUACCGAUUCUAGUUGGAGGCGAUUUUAUUUCCUUGCCAUUCAAUGAGGCCAUCGACUGGGACCGAGCUCUGAUACGAAUACCGACAGCUCACAUCACCGAACUUUAUGUUGUUCUGAAGACAUUCACUGAUUCGGAUAUUAUUGAAAUGCGACGCUUCGGCUCGAACAUUUACCACAAUUACUUUUCUGAUCUCAAGCAAUUGGUCGACACUAUUGUUGCACUCUUCCGAUUUAAUCGACUUAAAAUUCCCUCUCCUCCCGCCGCUAAUGAACAUUCCGAGUUCUACUUGAACCAAUCAAAAUUUGACCAAAAUUUGCUCUCAAAUCAAAGUGAUCUCACACAAUCAGCUUCCUUUUACCGACCAAAAAUAUACUCUGACGACGAGGAAAACGUUGGCCCUCUUGAAGUACCAUUUUCCUCGCUUGUUUAUCAACGAAAUUUUACAAUUCCUCUGGCUGAGCAGUAUUCAUCUUGGAACAACUUGCACCAUUCGCCCUUUUACACAUUUCCUUCGCUACCUUACGAUCCAGUAUUGCCUUCAGAGUCAAAGUUUAUUGGGUCCUCUUUUCGAGCUCGGCCAAUUGGUGAGGGAGCCGGCGGCUCUGGGCGUGAGUUUUCCGAGGCACUGGGCGGCAACUUUAUGAGCGAGCAGUUCACCAUUGUCAUUCUCACCUAUGAACGAGAAAAUAUUCUUCUCAGUGCACUGCAGAGGCUCAAGGAUCUUCCAUAUUUAAACAAAGUUAUCGUCGUUUGGAACUCCCCCAAUCCGCCGACUCCCGGAAUCAAGUGGCCUGAAAUUGGUGUGGACAUUUUGGUGAUCAAGUCGAAGCACAAUUCGCUGAAUAACCGAUUCCUGCCUUUCGAGGAGAUUAAAACCGAUGCAGUUUUGUCGAUGGAUGACGAUGCCAGUUUCCGACACGAUGAGAUUAUAUUCGCAUUUCGUGUGUGGCGCGAGGCUCGAGAUCGCAUUGUCGGCUUUCCUGCUCGCUACCACGCCUGGGAUGCAGCUCAUUCAACCUGGUUGUACAACUCCAAUUACACCUGCGAGUUCUCAAUGAUCCUCACAGGUGCAGCCUUCUACCACAAGUAUUACUCGUACCUGUACACUCACUGGAUGCCGGCCGCCAUUCGAAACAAAGUAGACGAGUACAUGAACUGUGAAGAUAUUGCCAUGAACUUUCUUGUCUCGCAUGUUUCUCGCCUGCCUCCCAUCAAAGUGACGUCUAGGUGGACAUUUAGAUGUCCAGAGUGUUCAUCGAGUUUGUCCGAGGACGAUCGGCACUACCAGAGAAGGCAUCGAUGCCUGAACUACUUUGCCUCCGUCUACGGCUAUAUGCCUCUGCUGUACACGCAGUUUCGUGCCGACUCAGUGCUCUUCAAGACGCGUAUUCCUCAUGAUAAGCAAAAGUGUUUCAAGUUCAUCUAA